AUGGCCACAGAAACCGUAUGUCCACUUAUAUUGACGACAACAAGUAAUUGUUGUGAACUUGUCAAAUACGUAUAUGAUGUCAAUAUUUCAUAUUUUUUAGAUAAUCCUUCAUUACCUCACGAUGGGAUAUGCGCGAAAUCAAAAUGGAACCAUGAAGGUGUUAUUGUAGUUGGCGGAGACUAUGGGUCUAAUCUGAAACAACUCAAAGCUCCUCAUGGUAUGUUUGUAGAUGAUAAUGAUGCGAUCUAUGUUGCAGAUGGUGCAAACCAGCGAGUGGUGAAAUGGGAGCCCGGAGCUACGGUUUGCCAAGUGGUAGCUGGUGGUAACGGAAAAGGGAAUAACAGUAAUCAGUUUGAAUUUGUAACAAAAGUUGUUGUUGACAAAAAUGGAACCAUGUUUAUAUGUGAUACUUAUAAUCAUCGAGUACAGCGAUGGUUUAAAGAUGCUAAUCAUGGAGAAACAAUUGUUGACGAUAUUUUAUGUUAUGGAUUAGCGAUGGACAACGAAGGAUCAUUGUAUAUCUCUGACCAAGCUGAGGAUAGUGUAGUCAAAUGGCCCGGUAAAGAAAUAGUUGCUGGUGGAAAUGGAAAAGGAUUUGGUUUGAAUCAAUUAAAUGAUCCCAAUCAUUUAUUUGUCGAUCGAGAUAAGUCAGUAUAUGUGGCCAACAACUUCAAUUAUCGGGUAGUGAAAUGGCUUGCUGGUACCAAAGAAGGCAUUAUUGUGGCUGGUGGUAACGAAGAAGGAUCUGCCAAGAAUCAAUUGAGUACACCACAGUCGGUGGUCGUUGACGAUUCAGGCACUGUCUAUGUUCUUGAUUAUGGUAAUGAUCGAGUAACACGUUGGUUUGAAGGUUCUACAUGGGGUAAUAUUAUCCUUGGUCGACCAGGAUGGGGUGAUGAUGCAUCUUAUAUAUCAUGUGCAAAUGAUUUGGUACUUGAUCGACAUGGAAACUUGUAUGUUGUUGAUAAUAUGAAUGCUCGCAUUCUUAAAUUUACUAUCGACAAAAGCGGUUGUUCGGCAGGUAAAUUUUUAAGCUUACUAUUGAUUAACUAA